AGGACCCGAUGGGUGCCCGGACGCGGAAGAACUGGCCCCGCGGAGGUUCCCGCUUCUGAAGCGUGGGAGGCGGAAGAGACUGCAGGUUGUAGAUUUUGGUCUUGGCCCCAGCGUGUUCCCCCAGACCAUUAGAACCCAAGAGAGGAAGAGGAGGCAUCGCGGCGGCGGCUGAGAGGCCGAACCCCCAACCUGUCCUCGAGGCGGGAGGGGGGCAGGGAGGGGAGAAGCACCGAUCCCAGGGCUGAGGAGCCUCCAGGACCAGGUCCGGGAGCAUGGGGGGCUGGACCGGGUCCCCGAGCAUGGGGAGCUGGAGUCGCCAAGGCUGCCCGGCCGGGUCCUACCCGACUGUCAGGUCCUCGGUGCUAGCGCUGCCCGGGCAGCCGCAGCAUCUGUAGCCCGGCCCCGCUUGUGGUCCUCAGCCGGAAAGAUAGCAGCAUGAGUUCCGCCGCUGCCUAGUUUCCUCCCCCUCCUCUUCUCCCUCCUCUCUCCUCUUCCCCAGACCACCUCCUUUCCCGCCCCUGCGCUCUUCUUUUCCCUUCCCCUCUGUCCUCCUCCCUUCCCUCUGCCCUCUCCCUUCCUCUCCCUCCCCCGCCCUCUUCCUCUCCCUUUUCACCCUCUGCCCUCCUCCUCUUAUCCUCUCUGUCCUCCUGCUUUUCCAUCUAUCCUUUUCCCUCCCUCUUCCUUCCUCCCUCCAUCCUUGUUUUCCCUCCAUCCCUCUUCUUUCCUGCAUCCUUUCCCUUCAUUCUGUCGCCUUCCACCACUACCUCUGCAUCCUCCUCCCCGCCUCACCAUCAUCCUCCCUUCCUCAUCAUCAUCCUCCUUCCCUCCUCCUCUCCUACUUUUCUCCGCCCCCAGCCCCCGCCCUCGUCCCCAAGCCUCCGCCCCUUAGUCCCCGCCCCCAGCUGCCAGUCCCCAGCAGCUCAGUCCUGCAGUGAGAGUCUUGGGAGUCCAUAGCUAAGCACCAGGAGCUGAGCACUGCCCGCUGUGCCUGCCUGCAAGUCUGACAUGGCUCAGGAGAAAAUGGAGCUGGACCUUGAGCCUGAUACAUCUUACGGGGGAACCCUGAGGAGAUCCAGCAGCGCUCCCCUAAUCCAUGGGCUCAGUGACCUUUCACAGGUUUUUCAACCUUACACACUUAGAACUCGGAGGAAUAGUACAACAAUUAUGAGCCGUCACAGCCUGGAAGAAGGCCUGGAUAUGAUGAACAGAGAAACUGCGCAUGAAAGGGAAAUGCAAACGGCAAUGCAGAUAAGCCAAUCAUGGGAUGAGAGCUUGAGCCUGAGUGACAGUGAUUUUGACAAGCCGGAGAAAUUAUAUUCUCCUAAGAGAAUUGACUUCACUCCAGUUUCUCCAGCACCUUCACCCACCAGGGGAUUUGGAAAGAUGUUUGUGAGCAGCAGUGGGUUGCCACCAAGUCCAGUUCCCAGUCCAAGACGAUUUUCAAGGAGAAGUCAGAGUCCAGUCAGGUGCAUUAGACCCAGUGUUCUCGGUCCUCUUAAAAGAAAAGGUGAAAUGGAGACAGAAAGUCAGCCCAAGAGACUCUUCCAAGGCACUACCAAUAUGUUAUCUCCAGAUGCCGCGCAAUUGUCUGAUCUCAGUUCAUGUUCAGAUAUUUUGGAUGGCAGUAGUAGCAGCAGUGGCUUAUCCUCAGACCCACUGGCUAAAGGCAGCGCUACCACAGAGUCUCCAGUAGCAUGCUCCAAUUCAUGCUCUUCGUUCAUCUUGAUGGAUGAUCUCUCACCCAAGUGACUUAACCAUUUCUGAUUCAACGUUUUAACUGCUGUUUCCUACAUAAAAUGUUUAGUGGGGAACACAGAGAACUUUGAUCCAUAAUGAGGAUUAAAGUUUUACAGAUUUCACCCAUUCUGAUGCUAUUAUUACUCUUUGGCAUCUCUCUUCUCCAAAGUUCAAUUUUAUGAGCCUAAUGACCUUAGCUAAUAAUCUGGUUUUGCUGAUCUCAUUUUGGAUUUAGUGAUUAAAUCUCAACUGCUCAUUUUUGAUUGCUUAGAGGAAUUUUUUUUUCCUUAGUGCCUCAACACCUAUUUUGAGUUUAUACAUUUAAGAAAGGCACUGAUACGUAUUGCCUUUAAUGGUUCUUUUCCGCAGCAGUGAUACGACAGAUUUGAUCAGAAAUUCUCUUGCUUGAGAGAUUUUUUUUUUGUUCUUUGUUGACUACAUAGUUUCAAAUCUCUAUUUCAUGAUAAUAUAUAAAUUGCUUUUAAUUAUAUUAAAUUUUUAUUUUUCUGCAUCAGCUUAAAGUACAUUAUUUUGUUUCCCUUUCCUGUUUGAGCCGCUUACGCCAUUUCUCACAGAGGGGAAGAAAUACGUAGUUGCUUUCAUUACCCUUAUUGCUUCUUUGCUGUUGGGGUGUGUGAAGUGAGCAUUGAUUUUAGUGCUGAGAACGUAAACGGACUUACAGGAUGCUUGGAUUAGUCACCACAGGUUCUUAUGACUUUGCUACCACAGUUGAUAUAUUUCUCCUCAAACCUGUUGCCCUAAGGAAUAUAUAAAAUAUUGUUGAUAUUUCUAGGUGGUGUUAUCAAGGAGAAGAAAUUCCUGCCUUGACCAGAUGUGUGGAGCACCUACAAAUGAAUGAAUAGUUAUUUACACACAAACCACUGUGUACAAAAGCGUCCAUGGAGCUGUCAGUGUCUCGGGUGGCAUUAUGAGGCCUCAGGUGCCUUGGGGUACAUUGUCAUGCUAUAAGGGAUGUAUAUCAUAAGGUAUGGUGGAAGAGGGGCCUUAUGUGUAUGAAUGCCACAUACUGUUCGUGUUGCUGCUUUUUUUCCGAUUCCUUUUUGUCAUUGGAUUUGUUUGUUUUGUCAUGUGGUGUAUGGUGUUUCAGUUCAUUGUGUUGCCGCCAGAAUCAGAGUCCAGUUCUUGUUCAUACUGCCUUAUAGUUAUUGUGUUGCCGCCAGAAUCAGAAUCCAGUUCUUGUUCAUACUGCCUUGUAGUGAGGGCAGUUUAAUAUCUACAAAUAAGCUUUUAGGAGCUGAAGAAGUCAAUGUGAUUGUGCGUUCUGCUUUUAAGAAGCUGUUUCAGCUAUGAACUGUGUACAUGCUAUAAGUGUGAGGUACCAUAAGUUAUUUAAUUUUUAAAAGAGGAAACUCCUGAGUGAGCUGUUUAAGAAAUCUGAGUGUAAUCUAUUGUUACGUUAUUUAUAACUAGGUAAAAUGUCUGUCGUGAUAGAUUUCUUUUAAUGUUCAGAUAUUGUGGUUGGGUUGUCUAUAUUUAAUAUGCAGAUUUGCCUGCUGGAAUCAUCAUAAUCCAUUUUAAAGUGAAUGUAAGAAAUGAAAACUACUGCAUUUGUGUCUUUUGAAGGCAAAGAUCCUUGGAUUUUAAAGGAAGAUUAUGUGCUUUGAAGGCACUCAGAGACUAGUAAUAGCAUAUGGCUUGAAGGGAAACCCAUUCUCUUUCAAUUACAAGAGAGUAUCACUUAGCGUGCAGUAGUUCUAUUAUAGCAUCUGAUGUGUCCUUUAUUUUAAAUUGUAACCAUAACAGCCAUUAAUGGCUUUAUUUCUUGUAUUGCUCUCAUCUGGGAAAAGUCUACUUCUUCAAACGUAACAAAUAUAUCUAUUAUGAAGCUUGUCCCCUAGUAUGCCAUUAUAAAGAAAAAAUUCUUCGAUGGUAUGCAGUGUAUCUAUUCUGUUUGUAAAGGAUCAUGUCAAAAUGUUCUGCCUCUAUAAUGAUAAUAGAUGGUUUUGUCUUUCAGGAGAUUUAUCCACCUACUGUCUUCUUUGCCUUAAAGGGACACUUGGCCGUCAUUUUUAGACUUGAACUUAACACUGUUAAGAAAUAACUGAAAUAUGAUGGUACUUACAUUAAUUUUUGAAAUUCAAUGGUGGGAUAGAAUUAGGUCAGGAAAUGGAAAUUGUUCCAAUGGUGUGAGAACUAGGAGACAAGAUGAUUCACUUUAUUAUUUAAACCAAGCUUCAUUUUUAGUUUUUGUUGUUUAAAUGAACUGGAAAGUUAAGUUUUUGCAGGGAUUGUUUUGAAAUAAAGAGAUAUGCUAACUCACAGAUGAACUUUGUUGAUAAGACCCCUUUAUUUUUAUAUAAAGUCUAAUAUUUGAAAAGUGAUUGUUAUAAAGUAAAAUUCUUUCUUCCUAUUCUAAUAUAUAUCAUUUAUUUCAGGCUUCUAUUUGAAAACAGGUAUAAGAGAUGAUAUGAUGGAACCCUAUAAUGUUUUUUGCUUGAUUGACUUAUAUAAUCACUGCUUCAUGAUUACUGCUUUUGGAAUAAUAGGAAGUUUUGUGAAAUGCUGGUCUUGUGUAUAUCUUAGAAUGCAAAUUUAAUAAAGUGUGUAUACAUGCAUAAAAUUUA